AGAUUUAUAUCCCGUUGCAAUGCAUGGGCAUGGUUAGUAUUGUUAAAAAGAAGUCCGUUUCUAAUACGUAUGCCACCCGUGUAAACGUGCAUGUGCACAACACGAGCCCAAGUAAAUAAUACAAUAACCUCAUAUAUGUACACCGAUCCUGCUGCACCGGUUUUGACCUAAUAAAGGUUCUAAAGAAAAGCAAUACUCCAGCGCCGCCAUGCACGACGAGACGGCCACCACCAAGACCAAGACGAGCAUACCGUACCUGCCGGACGAGCUGGUGUCGGAGAUCCUUCCCCGGAUCCCCGUGGAGCCGCUGCUCCGAUUCAGGUCCGUCUGCAAGGCCUGGCGCGGCAUCAUCGACGAGGACUCCUUCCACCGGGAGCACCUCCGCUACCAGACCUCCUCCCUGCUCGUCGCGCCCUGGAUCGGUGAGAACGACGACGAUGGCCCUUUCGCUUCCUCGACCGGAGAGGUGACCGCCGCCGGUUUCUACCAGUGGGAUGGGAAGCAGCAGGACGCCGCCACACUCGUACACGCCAUGCCCAACUACCACAACAAGAUGGAGGCGUUGCACAGCAUGGCACACUGCGAUGGACUGGUGUUGUUGCCCGCUGACGAUACGGUGCACGUAGUUAACCCUGCCACUCGGCGCACCAUCACGCUUCCCCCUACCCCUAACGCCAUCUUUCGAGGUCCUCAUCAGGCGUUCGGUCUUGGCCACGACCCUCGCUCCAAUACUUACAAGGUUGCUCGCUUGUAUGUCCAUCGGGACAGAUGCACCCCGGGUGGAGACACUGUCAGGAUGGGGGUGUGCACCAUAGGAAAAGGCCUUUGUUGGCGUGACGCGGCGGUAUCGCCGCCGCCGCAUCAUUUCAUGCCAAGGCGAACGGCGACCUUCUUCAAGGGCUCCUUGCUCUGGAUCGUCAAGCAGGUGGUUCCUCACGGUUCACCAGCUGCUCCAUCCUUCAUUCGUUUCAGGUUGGAGGAUGAAUCGUUCAGAAUCGUACGGGCGCCUCCUUGCACUCCGAAGUUGGACUACGAGGCUUCCAGUUUAACCGAGCUCCGCGGGGAGCUGUGUGUAUGCGCACCUCGGGCAGCAUACGAUCACGCGGUUUUUGAAAUGUGGAUGUGCGGUGAUCUGGAUGAUGGCGUCAAUCCGCCACGAUGGGAUCUGCGUCGUGUCAUCACCGGGCCCUUCUUAUUCCGAUCUUUUAUUCCGAAGAUCGCGACCGCCGACGCCGUAGUGAUCCAUUUUCAAGAAGACUCUCUCUACUACUGCAAUCUUCAAACUCCUGUGUUUAAUAUGAAGGAUGUCAUUGAAAUGGGGCACUUGAGGUAUCAUCACCUCGACACCGACAAGUUUGUCGAAUACACACGAAAAAUUGUUGCCAAUUUUUAUGUAAUCUCCUAUGUUCCAAGCCUAGUUCGGAUCUAG